UGGAAUAAAAACAAAACUGAGAAGAAAGAAAUCUCUUGCAGAAAAUCGGUGGACGAAAUGACUUUAGCUCAUCGAGCAUUGUUUACGUGGUUUAUUGUUCUGGUAUUUUUAAUAUUACUUUGCCUGCGCCUGGAUCCACGCACGCACUGGAAUUGGUUUUUAGUAUUUAUACCUCUGUGGGUAUUCGAUGGCAUUCUCAUCAUCUACGUCAUUAUUAAAAUCAUACGUAAGUGGCGAAAUCUCAAGCGUCUCAAGGAACUUUUGAUCUACUAUCAGUGGUACAUUGGAGGUGUUUUGCUAAAAAUUGCCUCCCAGCUGAUGAUAUGCCUGACACUGGAAUAUCCGGAAUUAGAAAUAUCGAUAUUUGUAACAAUGAUUCCAAUUUGGAUUUUAUUGUCGGCUUCAAUUGUUUAUGUUUUUGGCCGUCUGAACAACAUUGAAUCGUGGUGACGUCAGGAGAAAUCCAAAAACAAGAACAACGACGAAUGUACAGAAAGACUGUUUAGUUUUUAGCGCAGAAUAGUAAAAAAGUUUCCAUCUUCCCGGAUAAAAAAUUGGAGUAUUUAAUCGUUAAUCAUUGUAAAGCAGAUAAACUAAUGUAAUUAUAAUAAUAAGUUCAUCAAUCAAAGGCGUUUCAUCAAUCAUUGAAAUUCUUAUUCUCAUAUAGGUACUAAGUUUAAAUUACUUCUAUUAGUUUUGUAUUAUUUUAUUGAUAAAAAAUAAAAAGUAUAAACAUCCAAGGAUCA